AAGAAUGGCACAAAGUGGACCCAGCAGGAAGAUGAGCUCAUUGUCUUGUUAAGGGGCGAAGGUAUGAAGUGGGAGGACAUUUCCAAGAGGAUUCCCGGACGGAGUGCCAUCUCAUGUCGACUUCGCUAUCAGAACUACCUCGAGAAGCGCGCACACUGGGACGAGGAGAAGAAAAAUAAGCUCGCGCGACUCUACGUCCGCUUCAAAGAAGCAAUGUGGCAGAAGGUUGCAUCGGAGAUGGGUGUUCCGUGGCGCUCUGCUGAAGCAAUGCACUGGACAUUGGGGCCUGACGAGAUCGCACAGCGGGCCAACCAGCCAGUGUUCCAAUUGAACGCUGCAGCCACG